UCCCCUUUCCCUCCUCCUCCUCCUCCUCCUCCCGCUUCCCUCGGAUCCCUAUGGCGGCCGGUGACACGGGAAGGGCCCAGCAGCAGAUUGAUGAAAUUGAAGCCCUUUCAUCCAUCUAUGGUGAAGAUUGGUGUGUUGUUGAUGAAGAUGAAAAAAUCUACUGCAUUAAGAUUAGUGAUUGUCUGGAUCAACCAAAAUGGACCCUCUGUUUGCAGGUGAUUUUGCCGCCAGGAUAUCCGACUGAAGAGCCACCUAUUUAUCAACUCAAUGCCCCUUGGCUUCGAGGACAAGAUUAUAUGGAACUAGCAAAUAGCUUGGAAGAAAUAUAUCUACAGAACCUUGGUGAAAGCAUACUGUAUUUAUGGGUGGAGAAGAUACGAGAAGUUCUGAUAGAAAAGGCACAAUCUUCAGAACCAGAACCGGAUAUUAAGAAAACCACUGAAGAAGUUGAUGAAGAUGAUGGAGAAGAUUUUGUCCUAGACUAUGAGCCCAUUCAGGAAGAUCCAAUUAAAAUGUUAAAUUACGUGACAUCUGAAAGUCAGGAAGAUGAAGAACUGCCACCCAUACAUCAUGGAAACCCAAUCACAGAUCGAAGGAGUACUUUCCAGGCACAUCUGGCUCCAGUGGUGACAACCAGACAAGUAAAAAGAGUUCUUGAAAAAUUAUAUGAGAACAAGAAGAUUGCAAGUGCUACUCACAACAUAUAUGCAUACAGAAUAUACUGUGAAGAUAAGCAGACUUUCUUACAGGAUUGUGAAGAUGAUGGAGAGACAGCAGCAGGUGGACGUCUUCUUCAUCUCAUGCAGAUCUUGAAUGUCCACAAUGUGUUAGUUGUGGUAUCCCGCUGGUAUGGAGGUAUUCUGUUGGGACCAGAUCGUUUCAAACAUAUAAACAAUUGUGCAAGAAAUGUUCUGGUGGAAUAUGACUACGUACCUUCAGUGGAAGAAUCAUCUCGACAAGCAGGAAAGAGCAAAAAGAUAAGGAAGGACAACAAGAAGAGAACAGAACACUAAUUUAUUUUUUAAAAACUUUAAAGUGUUAUUUUGCACAUAUUUAUACAAAGAAAACCUGGACCUUAUUGCCUUAUCCGAUACAACAGAUAUGUUGUAUUCAGAAGAGAAUUCAGUAAAGCUAUAGAUAUAUUUUCAUCUUGUUUUGUGAUUUUUUUUGAUAUUUUCAUCUUGUUUUGUGAUUUUUUUUUGCUGUUUUGAAGUAGAGCUUAGACACAAGUACUCUGUUUCUUAUACAUUUCAGCUCCUCGUUAUGAGGACAUUGCAGCAUCUGAAACCAUUACCCCAUCCUACCCCCUCCCAACAAACAACAGCUGACUAAUUACUAAUGUGGAUUUCUCAUCUUCUCCAUUCCUGGAUUCAAAUUCGAAUCUCUGUCUUGUGUUAGUAAUUGAAUUCUCUAGUUUUUUGUAUCAGGGCUGAGACUGGAGUCGUCUGUACAGCAGGUUACUUUCUAAGUUUCAUAUUUUCUUCUGUAAAAGGAAAGCAUGUGACUGAGUGCUGUAUGGCCUUGGAGAGCCUGGUCCUGCCUGUGCAGUUCUCAGUCAGAUGCUAGAUUGGUGACAUAAGAAAGGCUGAACGUGGGCAAUAAACUAAGAAAUGUGAUGAAAUUACUAAAAAUUUCUUUGAGGAUUGUUCUGAGACAAUCGGGACUCUAGGAGCCUGUUGAAAAGCUGAGAAUUAAGUGUUGCAUAAUUAAAGGAAACAGUGGUUUCAACAAAGUACAUGGGGAUUUCGAAAUAGGGCUGUUACAUCUAGUAGUGAAGAUAUAAACGUUCUGAAGACUUCUGUUGGUGUCGAGUGGGGAAAAAAAAGCAAGUAUUAUUGAUAUGGUCACAAAGACUUGAAUUUUCUAGUCUUUUAUUAAUGGCUUUCAGGCUUUAAUACAUUUUUUAAAAAGCAAAAAACCCCAAACCCACCAGGAUGUUUUGUCAGUUAAUUGUCAUAUUUCUACUUAGAUGAGAUGAAUUCUUUUUUUAAAAUGUACCCUUGAUAUCUUCCACUGGGGGAGGAUAGAUUUUAAUAUUCUGUUCGGUUUUUUGUUUCUGUUUUCUCAAGUUGUUUCCUAAACUUUGUGACCUUUGUGACUUUGACGUCAGAGAUACUUUCUUAGGUCAUGUGCACCUUAUGUAUUUUGCUCAUACAGUAAUGUCAAGUCUGUGACUAUUUUUAAUGACUUUUCUCCAAUGGCACUUGCAUAGUUUAAAGGUUUAACUAUCUUACUUGACCACCAGCUUGGUAUAUAACUUUUUGCUGAUAGCCUCUUACACUGAAUAGUUCAUUAUAAGUUCUCCAGCACAAGUACCCCACAAAACCUUUCUCUCAAAGCAGACUUCAUCUAAUCAAAGUAACUGUUUCAGAGUUUGAUAUAGCAACAGAGAUACUCCUUAGCAAUUCCAGUAACUUAAAAAAAUGCCACCAAAAUACAUGAUUAAAAACCAAACCAAACAUGCCGAUUCCUGCACUGACUAUUAAAACAAUUUUAGAAAGUUACACUAACUUGUCUGCAUAGCAAAGGUCUUUUGAGUUCAACCUUAGCAUUUGUACUUGGGAUUCUAAAAAUGUUUUUCCUCUCAGGGAAGGAGAUCCACACUGCGUAUGUAGUAGUCUUGUACUGUUUGGUCAUACGAGUAUUUCUUGCUCAUAGUUUGUCGUAUGGGUAGACUCUUUUGAAGUAAAAAUUUUGGCAUUCACUUCAAGUACUUUAUCGACUUAAGUAUUGCAAAGUUUCUGUUGCAUUUCUGAGAGUUUUGAGAUUGUAGCAAUUCUCUUUGUAUUUCUGUUUGCAAGCAUUUCAUAAGUUUAAACUUCCUUCAUUCUAAGAAGAAAAUCCAAGAAGGGAAGUAGGUUACAAAAAUGGCUGGCAACAACUCUUUAACUUUAUAAAUUCUGUUCAGAAAUUAAAAAUAGUGUUAAACUGAAGCAGCAGUUUUAACUGUUUUUGUUAUCAAAUACUGUGAAUCUGUUUAGGACAUAGUCUUUACUUGUGAAAGAGUUACAAAUUUCAUUAUCUGACAAAAGAAAAAAGAAGAAAAGGAGUAUGGAAUUAAUUUAUACCUAAAGUACAAGUUACCUGUCAUAAAAAUAUGUCAAUGAAGUAUCAAACACUAGCAGGAAAAGGUGGAUUGUGGCAUUUAUUUUCUUUUUGGCCACUCUGUUUUCUAAUCUCUUUAUUUUACUGUUUUUGCUUUGCUAUUCUGGAAAUGAAUUGGGAGUAUGGCUGAAAACAGAUUAACCAUUACAGCACCACAGUCUCUGACAAGGUCAUAUCAGAAUGAUUUAUUUCUCUUUGUGUCUCAAACUUUAGUGACCAGACCAAGACUUUGUAUCUGCUCUCUGAUUGGGCUAUUUUGUUAGCCAAAUACCUUCUGGAGAACUGGUAGGUGGUUUCUCUUUCAAACAGAGACUGCAGGUAGAAGAGCCUUAAUUAAUUCAAGACAGUUGAGCAGUGGAGAAGAACUGUUAUUCUUACAAGCUUACAAGUGGUUAUGAGACUUAACAGUUCUUAUAAAUGUUCUACAUGUAUCUGGAGAUCUUCCAUGCUGAAAUAUGAAAAGGUGAUGUUUCUAAAAUCUGCUACCCUUACCUUUUAAAAGUGAAGAUAAUUGUCUUUCUUAUUGCAACAUAGCAAUUCAAGACUUUGUAAUUUCUCGAUGUUGCAGGUGGUUCAGGGUGAUGCUUCUACUGUUUUAUAUGUGUUCCUUUUUAAUGUGGGAGAAAGAAGGAAGGAAAGAGAAAGCUAGAACAUCUACUGUGGAUCCCUUUGGUGUGUUCAUCUGGGAUAUGCAUUUAUUGCCUAGCAUAUCUAUUUGAAUAAAAAGUGAAAAUCAGCUGUUUAGUAGCUGCUUUAGAUAUUUUUCUAUCUAGACCUGUGUUCUAGACUGAUGUAAUCAUAGCCACACAGUAAUUCUGCUAAAAGCUCAUUUAGUGGAUCUACUGUUAAACAUAUUUGUAGAUUACUUGCCACACACAGGCUUUCCAAACAGGAUGUGGAAGAAUUGGAUAUCUAAGAUUUCAAGAAACCAAGUUAAAUCUAAGUUAACUCCAAGAAGAAAUGCUGAGGGAGGGAGAUGGAAAAGAAUUGGGUAGCUGUAUAUGCCUAGAAAGCACCCCAAGAUUUAAGCUGUUUGGCAAGGUCAGCUGGUUCUUAUGAAAAAUAGGGAAGCUGCUGAGUUUCCCCUUGAGGCUUCAGUAUGGCUGGCAGAAGAAAGGCUAGUUGUAUUACGUAGUAGCCAUGCCACAAUGUGUUUUCUGCAUUGCCUGGAAACGAAAUAAAGCUUAAAGCAACAAUGGACUUGCAUGCUGGGAAGAUAUUUGUAUGGAUAAUAAAGUUCUGCGUUUUUUGUACUGCAGCCAUUCAAACAUUUAAUAAAAGCACUUGGCAAAUGCUAAUGAGUUUGUUCCCACAACAGAAGCAAAGAUAUGACAGCCAACAUUUUUCAAAUUUAAGUAUCUAAAAUUAGACAGCAAAGUGUUUUCAGAACCCAUAAUAAAAGUGAUUGAAUUUUUGCAACUGUGGAAUACUCACAGCUCUCUGCAAGUAGUUUCAUUACUCAUACAAAAUGUAAGCACUUGUGGAUGACACGAUUUUUCCCACUAGUGUGGGGAAAAAAGAAGCCUCGUCCUGUGAAUUGCCAAGCUCUCAUUCAUGUUCAGGGUAUUGAUACUUAGUUCCUUGGUUCUGGUACAGCAGCAGCUCCUGUCACUGGGGCUGAUGCUAAGAGUUUUGAAACUGAUUCAGUGGAAGUUUUGCAGAUGAUCUCUGAGGGUUGGACCAUUACUGAUUAACUUCUCUGAUAAGUAAUUCUGUAUACGGUUUUUUACAUCGUAUCAGUUUUCAGUCCUAGAGCCCACUAAAGAGAAGAACAACAAUGAGGUAGACCAUGUCUUUGGUCAACAAAAAGAUACAACAGAGAGGAACCACAGGCUUGCUGAAUUGCAAUGACACCAGAUAAGCAAGGAUGCAAUUAGAAAAUAGCGAAAAUUCUCAUAAAGUUAUGUACAUGGGAAAAAAAUUCAGAAGAAAUUGUCCAUAAAGCUAGCAAGCAAAACACUUUUGGGGGGGAGGGAGGG